GGCAGAGCCUCGGAAAAGCUAAGAAACUGUGUAGGUAGGUAGAAGCAAAGAAAGAAAGAAGGGAGAGCAUAAAUAGAAGAGAAAUGGGAAGAGUGAAGCUGGAGAUUAAGAAAAUAGAGAAUACAACUAAUCGGCAAGUCACUUAUUCCAAACGGAGAAACGGUCUGAUUAAGAAAGCUUAUGAGCUUUCUGUUCUCUGUGAAAUUGAUGUCGCCCUCAUCAUGUUUUCCCCUUCUGGCAAACCGAGCGUUUUCUCCAGUAACAAUAAAAGAGUUGAUUCACAGUCCCAAAUCUUCAACUUUCUUGAUUCCAAUGCCAUGGAUGCAAGAGGAGGGGGGAGCGUGGAGGGCAUGGGGAUGACGAUGACGAUGAUGAUGCCGCAGCUUCAUCACAUGCAAAACGGCGAUGAGCUAAUGUUAGGGGGCGGCGGUGGUGAUCCGAAUCACGUGAUCGGUGGUAGCACCUCUGCCGGCGGUGGUAGGAUUCCUCAUGUUGAUGACGCGCCCUGGACCCCACCUCACCAUUCCGCCCCACCCCAGCCCCAACCAGGUGCAGACGACGACGUUUCAUUAUUCCCAUCGACAACAUAUCAAAGGGAACGAGCAAUCCUAGAGGCAUUCAUUUCUCAGCUCACAACCCCACCACUUACCCAGCCAGAUGAUCUUAUCUGAUGACGAUGUUGAUAACAUUUAUGUUCUGGUGGAGUAUUAUCAAUCUUGUAUGUAGUAAAAGUAAAUCAGCAUUAAUUCU